ACAAUGACAACUGCGACUGAUAAAAUAACAACCUAAAUUUUUGUAAAAUUUCUUCAAAAAUCAACACAAAUUAAGUUAAUUAUUUUUUGUUUGUGCCUGUGGUUUGUGCAUUAGAAUAAGUUUAAUUAUAAAUAUAUUGUUGUUGUUGUUUGUCAAACAACUAGGACAAAAGUAUAUCUCAAGCUUCAAUACUUAGAAAAGUAAAAAAAUGUCGUGCACUUCUUGUUUAAAAUCGUAUUCCUUUUUGCGCCCUGAAAAAGGUUGUCCUGGCUGCGGUUUUAGUUAUUGUUCUAAAUGUUUAAAUAACAAAAUAUUUUUGCACAAAAUCAAUUCAGAAGCGAAAGUUUGUGGAAAAUGUAAAAAUACUGCUAAUUCUCAAGACAAAACUAAGUUCGAUCCACCAGAUGCUUACUUCAAAAGAAUAGGUGCUAUUGAUCCUCAAAAAAAUGUUAAUAAAAAUAAUAUUGAUGUAGAAUCCAAGGAUCCCAUUGAAGAGGAAAUACAAAAUAGAUUACAAAAAUUAAAAGAAGGAAAGCAAGAGCCUUUAAAAUAUACUGAUGAAGAUAUUACAGACCGACUAAACAAAUUGAAGAAUAUUCCUACAACAUCACAGGCAGAAAUAGAAGAAAGAUUAGCAAACCUUAAAAAUUUGCCUGUAACAGCUGUACAUAGUAAACCAAUUUUACCAUGUCCCGAUUUAAGAACUGAGGAGGAGCAAGCAAAUGAUCUAAUGAGACAGUAUAUGGAACAAACCGGUAUUGAUAAGAAAUAUAAGGAUGAAUUUGAGGAAAAAGUUGGUGAAAUUGAAAUGAGAUUACAAAAAUUGAAAGGAACAGCUGGCACAACCCAAAAUAAUGUUCCCGAAGAUAAGGAGGCGCCAGAAAGUGAAGAGGAUACUAUUAAAAAAAUUAUUGAAAAGGCAAAAAAGGAAGCUCUAUUGGAAGAUGAAGAUGUUUCAAGUCCCAUAAAUGAAUUGCCAUUUUGUGAAAUAUGUAAUGAGGAUGCAAAGAUGAGGUGCCUGGGUUGCAAGUAUUUGUUUUGCAAACAGUGCUUUAUGGAACACAGGGAUGAAGACGAUGGUUGCGAUAAAUAUGAGCCUUAUACAGCACCAAAAUCCUUUCAAUACUGAGAUAUAUUUCUUGUAAUUUAAAUAAUCCUUUUUUAAUGAAUAGAUAGGAGCUAUUUUUAUAAAGAAUAUAUAACUAUUUAUAAUAAAUAAAUUAUGUAUAAAUUA